UUGCUCACAUUGUUCAUGCCAAUACGCUCACACCAUUUGUGUAGCAGCUAGAAAUUAAUAGUAGCGUGGGAUCUCUUUAAUGGCCACAACUCCUGCCACCGCCCAACAAUUACUGGCGGCGAGUUUUUCUGGCAUGGUUUUCGGGUUUCUUGAGGAUUGUCAAGAUUUCCGGGAAAGCUAUAGCAGCAGUAGCGAUGGAAGCCAAGUAAAUGAAGCCUUCUUGUUAGAUGAAGAGGAAGAAGAAGCUGGAGAUCAGGAGAAGGACAGGAGGUUUUGGGAAAACCAGCACCAGCUUUUACAAGCGACCUUGUGCAGGACUAGUUCUCUAGAGACGAGAAUUAGGAGUGUGACAAAAGAGGCGGUGAAGGAGAUAAAUAGGGAAGGGACAGAGUGUGGUUGUGGGAAACCGAUGGCUAGUGGUUGCCGGAGCUGCCUAAUGAGAGAAGUUUCCGGCAGGCUUUGCAAUGCUGGUUACAACAGUGCCAUUUGCACGUCUAAGUGGAGGAGUUCGCCGGAUAUUCCUUCAGGAGAGCACACAUUUAUUGAUGUGGUGGACAGUUCAAACCCUAAGAAGGGAGAGGUGAGGGUGAUUAUAGAACUCAACUUCAGAGCAGAGUUCGAGAUGGCCAGAGCAAGCAAUGAAUACAAUAAUCUGGUGAACCGGCUUCCUGAAGUGUUUGUUGGCAAAGUUGAGAGACUACAAAACCUAAUUAAAAUCUUAUGCUCAGCUGCAAAGAAAUGCAUGAAGGAGAAGAAAAUGCACAUGGGGCCAUGGAGGAAGCAGAAGUACAUGCAAGCUAAAUGGCUCAGUCCCUGCAAAAGAACUACAUCAACACCACUUUUGUCAGUGGGAAACUCUGGCCGGUUGCGGCCAAAGCCGAAGGAAUCCAUGCUAACGGUAGAUUUGCUGGAGAUGCUGCCUAACAGUUAUUGCAUCACAGCAGUUGAAGUUGUGUGAUUUUAAGCAAGUUUUUUGGUUCAUCUUCUUGCUUUGAUCGUUUUGAAAUAGUCGAGUUUCUAAUACUUCUGAGCUUAGUGUAUGUAUACUAUAUGUGUAAAGGAAAGAAGAUCAUCUAAUUAGUAAUAAUGGAUAUGAAAUCUGUUGUUGCCCACUGUAAUACUGCAAAAUAACAGUUCUGCUUCAGGGAAAGAAAAAAAAAGGUUCAAGAGGGAGCAAUUGUAAUUGUUUUAGCUUUUUACACAUUUUCUUGCUGAUGGGGGCACAAAUUUGAACA